UACAAGGAAGCAUCUACAGACUGAAUUCAUAAGUGAUGUGAGCCACUGCUUUUCAGCAGCUCAGCUGGACUGUGAUCUCGCCAUGUUCUUCCACUGCCAACUCGUAAUACUGAUACUUGUCCUGACUCUUGAUGGUCAAGAAGAGGCGGUGCCACACAGCAGGCCCUACAUGGUGCUUUUGGAGGAGCACAUGCGGAAUGGUCAAAAAAGAUACUGCGGUGGCUUCCUUCUGAAUGAGGAUUUUGUGAUGACUGCAGCCCACUGCCAAGGCAGGUCCUACAAAGUCCUACUGGGACUUCACGAUUUCCAAGACAAGAAUGGAGUACAGAUUAUAUCUGUGGAACAAACAUUUCCACAUAUAUUCUACGAUGAAACUAAUCUUAAAAAUGACAUAAUGCUUCUUAAGUUGAGCUCCAAGGCAAAGUUCAGUGACAAAGUGAGACCCAUUGCUCUCGCAGGCCCGGGUGAUGGCUUACAGCCAAAAUCAUGUAUAGUCUCCGGCUGGGGAAAAACAGACGAGAACAAACGUUACAUGUCUUUCAAACUCAUGGAAGACAAUGUUACACUAAUUAACAAUCCGCUGUGUGCUAAGGAAAACAUGUACUGCUCUGAGGGAAGGAUUGGACCACACCAUGGAGACGCUGGUAUACCACUGGUCUGUGAAGAUGGAAAGGCAUACGGGGUGGCGUCCGGCAUCUUCAAACCAGCCUCAGGUGACCUGCAAAUCCAUCGUUACACUAAGAUUCCUGACUACAGAAGCUGGAUCGAUUCAAUCAUUGAAAAUGUAUUAAGAAACAGUGAUUUCAUUUGCUGGGCAACUUAAGUCAAAAGACUGAAUGUGUAUAAAUGUAAUUUGGUAAUUCAAGAAAAUGGCAUUUUGACUUCAGACCUUUGAAUAUUCCACAAAACUUACAAAUUUAAUUCAAGCACACGCAAUUUUUUUGUUUGUUUGUUUUGGUAAGGCUGAACUUUUGCAUGACAAUAAUGGCACACAAAUUAAGUACAGCUUAAAAUCAAAACUCUAAGUGUAAACUGAACGCUGUAGAUGUAAUACAUUAACAAUAGAUACUGUAUGUAAUCCUGCUUUUAUAUACAACAUUAUAUAUAUUGAAUAUAUUACUGCUUUGUGCAUCUACUUUAUGGCUUGAUCCAAUGAGAGCACAGGAGCCUCUAAGUUUGCUUUGUACCAUCUUUUCAAAUAAAAAAUGUUGCUCUGUCACCAUGUU